CUUAUAAGAUCCUACCCCCCAAGUCUUUUAUAUAUAUAGUUUGUGGCAUCCAGAGAGGAGUCAGUUCUAAUCACCAAUUGAACGGCAAUGAUCCCGAAGGUGUUUUUGUAUUCCUGCUUGAUAAUCGGUUUAAGCCGGGUGCGGUGUGAUGCGCCCGUCAAUUCAUACUUACCUCCCAAAAGUGGAGGGAGCGGAGGCGGAGGUCACGGCUUCGGUGGUAAUAACCUCGGAGGCGGUGGUGGAAGUGGAUUCGGGGGCAACUUCGGAAGUGGAAGCGGUUACGGUGGUAGUGGAGGAGCUGGACAUAACGCAGGAGGCGGUGGUUUCGGCGGAUCCGGCAGCGGUGGUGAAGAAGGAGGAAAGCCUGAACCUUUUAGCUUCUCGUACGAAGUAAAAGACCCACAAAGCGGCAACGACUAUUCGCACAGGGCGGAAAGCGAUGGCAACACGGUCCGUGGAGAAUACAACGUCCUCCUUCCCGAUGGAAGAAGACAGAAAGUCACUUACACAGCCGGCAGCGACGGCUACAACGCGGACGUGCAGUACGAAGGAGAAGCCAACACUGGCUUUGGAGGUGGAGCCGGAGGCUUCCAGUCUGGAGGAGGCAGUGGAGGAUUCAACUCCGGUGGAGCCGGCGGUUACGGUUCUGGAAGACCUAGUGGCACUGGCGGUUUUCCGAGUGGAGGCGGUUUCUCUUCAGGAGCAGGAGGCAGACCAAGUGGAAGUGGAGGCUACCCGUCAGGAGGAGGUGGAGGUUAUCCCUCGGGUCGUCCUGAUUCGACGUACCUCCCUCCAGGAAAGUAAGUAAACAAACGAGGGGAAAAGCUUGACAACUGUUUACUCAAGACGACGUUUAUUAACAAAAUUCUCGCGUUAAUUAUUUGUAAAUUCUAAUAAUUUAAAUGUUCAUUUUUAAU